ACAGCCGUAGCUGGAAACCCGGAGAUUCAAAGCCGGCUUCCCUGCUGCCGUCGUCCAAGGUGUAUGGAAUCCUUCCUGUGGAAAACAUGAUCUGCGUUCUUGUCCCCCUGCUGCUCCUCCUUCCUCCUGUGUGUGGGGCGGGCCUGAGAACUGACAACUUUAAACAUUACAGUGACACUAAGUCCUGGCGCGAUGCACAGGCCUACUGCAGGGAGAAACACACUGACCUUAUUACCAUCAGAGACGCAAACGAGAAUCAGGCCCUUUUCAGUGGCCAGGGCUGGAUCGGUUUGUACCGAGAGGAUUCAGCCGAGUGGAAAUGGUCCAGAAGAGACGAGAUAGCCAACUUCACCAGCUGGGACAUCGGUGAGCCAGACGAUGGUCAGAACUGUGCUUUCAAGUACACCAAAAAAGACAAAUGGGACAGCGAUCCCUGUGAUGUCAAACAUAGUUUCAUGUGUUACAACGAGACGCUGGUUCUGGUGAAGGAGAAGAAGACUUGGGAGGAGGCAUUAAUGCACUGCAGGGCUCUGGAGGCGGUGGACCCAAAUAAGCCUGCCACUGCCUACCAGAACCACCGCUAUGACCUGGCCACUCUGCUCACUCCAGAUGACCACGACUUUGCACGAGAGAAAGCACAAGGGGCUACCACUGAUGAGGUGUGGACGGGCCUGCGUCACCUGGCUGGUCACUGGGUGUGGGUUGGUGGAGGAGGAAGAGUGCAGUACGACAAUAUUAAAGGUUGCCCAACUCAGAGGUUCUGUGGCGUCCUGCUGAUGACCCCCGCCACACUCUUCGAUAUAAGGGACUGCAGUCAGAGAAAGAACUUCCUCUGUUACAAGAAGCCUUAAACACAUCGUUUCCAAUAGAGUCUCAUGCUUCCUCCACGUUCAUGUUUCCGUUGCUGUAAGCUUUCUGAGCAAUGUCAGUGGAAUGUCCUUUCUAUUGUUUAAUGUCCUGUUAAGCCCUGAAAACAUUUUUGUGAAUAGUGGAAGGAAAGGUUUUAUGUCAUUCAUGUCUUUCAAUACUUAAAAAAAAAGUCAUGUAUACAAACGUAUUUUAUUCCAUUUUUCAAUGAAUUAUUGGCAGAAUAAAAUAUAAUGUACAAAUAUACCAAUCUGUCCUUAAAUACUGAGAAAGUGGUUCUUAGUUAAUCCUUAAUAUAUUCAACAAUGUGCUUUUGCAGAGUAUUUGAAGGUGGAAAAUAUAUUAUCACAGAAUAUCAAGUUACCUUUUUAACUUUUCCAUAACAUGUUUACUUUCCUGCAUAACAACUUUAAAGCUGCACUAUCACAUCAAUACUCUUUAUAUUAACAAUGGAUCAAAAAAAGGGGUCAUCGACGAGCCCACAGAGAAUUAUCACCCAACUCUACACUUCCCCUCAGCUCUACAGAGCUUUUUAGCGUCUUUUAGCUAGCUACAGGUAGUGAGCGACCUGGGUGCGUCCCAAACCAUCAACAGGCAGCAUGGCCAUUAAAAGCACAGAAGUCUCCUUCUUAGCAUUUUUUUUUCAAAAGUAAUAUUAUCAUGGAAUCCAAAGCCAAUAUUUUGCACAGCUGAGUUGCACACUGAAACUCUGAGCGCACGUCAAACUGAUCGCCAAAGCAUUGCUCAUACAGCAACAAUUCACAAUUCAUUAAACAGCCAUAAACACACAGCAACAGCGUGAGCUGUCUUUCUUCCCCGCCAGGUUCCUUGCAGAACUAUCCACCACCUCCCAGUUCUUUGCACCAUAUAAAAUCCAGGGCCUUCUUGAGAUAAUGAUCGUUUCCCACCCAUUGCGAUUUGUGCAGUUUAAGGCGCAAAAACGUCUCCUUGUGUUGACCUCCUCAUAACCUGUCAGCCAUUCUGGCUUGGUUUUUUGCCCACGUGUGCGCACGCAUCUCUCUGUUAACCUCCUUUCCAGCACACAGCUGUUUUUAACGCGAGACCUCUGAUAAACCCACUGUACACUGCCUGCCCAGCACCAAACAGCAGACAGACAAAGUUAGCAACAAGCUAGUGAACAUAGUGGAGCAUUUAGCAGCUAAAGAGAAGUCAGAAGUCAAUAAAGAGCAAAAACAGAGCUAAAUGAGUGUUAAUAUUGGACUGGCAUUCAGGUGGCCAGAUAUACGACUCCAAAUGAAUGCUAAUGUUGCUCUGUGUCUGCUGGAUGUGUAAAAUAGGCUAGUAAAUAGUCUUUGCUAACAUGUUAGCCAUAACAACUUCACAGGGUAAUAUUUUCUGCUUGUUCCACGGCCCCCAAAGUGAAAAGAAAAAUGAAUGCAGCUUUAGUAGGCCUAUACAAUAUAACACAAUCUGUAAUAAGUUCUCCUCAGUUCUGGAGCUUCACAGUGGUACACUGUAUUCAGGUUUUUAUUGCAAAACACAAGUCUGUUUCCUAAAAUUACAGGAGCCUUGUUUGCUGCGAUGAGUUCUCAGCCUAUCCAUCAUGAUUAAGGUGAUGAAAUUGUGUGAACCAUCAGUCGCACAUAAGCAGCGGUGACGAUGAGCGGCCAUUUUGCCAAACUAUAUCCAUUUUCUUUAACCCAGCCAUGGUUCCCUGCUCCUGUCUGGAAGCAUUGAGUUGUUGACUCUCUGUGUGUGA